AUGUCGAUCUUUGUGGAUCAACCUGCGGCAGCGCCUCCAGACUCGCCCUUGACCCUCGAUAGCAUCGCCAAAGUCCUGGAGGCGGAUACCAAGGUCAAGCUUGCGGGGGUUGACAUUGACGGUCGCCUAAGAGGGAAGCUCAUCUCCAAGAAGAAGUUCCUCUCGGUCGCAAAGGAUGGCUUCGGCUUCUGCAGCGUCGUCUUUGGCUGGGACAUGGACGACCUCACCUACUUCCGAGAGCUGAAGAUCAGUAACAGCGAGAAUGGAUACCGAGACAUUGUGGCCAAGAUCGACCUCUCAAGUUUCAGAAGAAUACCAUGGGAAGAUAAUGUGCCGUUCUUCCUCGUCAGCUUCUACGAUCCAGACACUGAUGACAGGCUGAGCGCAUGCUCACGGGGACUGCUUGCUAGGAUGAUGGAGAGCGUGGAGAAGCAAGGUUACGGAGCGAUGGCUGGAGCUGAAUAUGAGUUCUACCAAUUUCGUGCUCCGCCAGAUGAUUAUCCCAACAAGACGACGCUCAAUUCUUCCAGCACAGCUUCCUUCAUCCAAAAGAACUCACCGCAUACUCUUCCCCAUUUGACCGAAGGCAUGACCGGCUACUCCCUCACCCGCCCGGUCCACAACCAAGCCUGGUACUACGACGUCUUCACCGCUUGCGAACGCUUCUCCACCAACAUUGAAGGCUGGCACACCGAGUCCGGACCGGGCGUCUUUGAAGCAGCCCUUGAAUACGGCGAGAUCAGAGACAUGGCCGACCGAGCCGGACUCUUCAAAUACGUAGUCACGAGCGUCAGCAGCCGACAUGGCAUAACACCCUGCUUCAUGGCCAAGCCGCAACGUGGCCUCCCUGGAAACAGCGGCCACAUGCACGUGUCCAUCGUGGACAAAUCCGGCCAAAACAUGUUCUACCGCGGCGACGAGGACCCCAACCCGCCGUACGCAGAUCUCGCCUACGUUUCCGACCUUGGCCGCCACUUCCUUGCCGGCAUCCUCUCAGGGCUCGCGGACGUCAUGCCCAUCGUCGCUCCAACCAUCAAUUCAUACAAACGCCUCGUCGAGAACUUCUGGGCCCCCGUCACCGUCUCCUGGGGCCUCGAACACCGCGCCGCCUCGGUCAGACUGAUCGCCCCACCCAUCGCCUCACCCAAAGCCACCCGCUUCGAGAUCCGCGUCGCGGGCGCAGACGCCAACCCCUUCCUCGUGCUCGCGGCCAUCGUCGGCCUUGGCUGGCGCGGCGUCCAGAAGAAACUCGAGAUCCCCGUCCCACCGCUGGGGAAAGGCGAGGAUGUAGGUGGUGCGAGUGAUCACGGGGAGCGGCUGGCGAAGAACCUGGGGGCGCGGCGACGGAGAGGAUGA